AUGGUCGACUUGGCCUCGAGCCCCCAGGGCCCCUUCCAUCGGCAGCACAUUUGCCCCUGCAAUGUGCCGUUCGACUUUAGGCCGAUUCGGAUCCACGUCUAUCGCAACGGCGACGAGCGGAACAGCAGCCGGGUCGUGCACGUGACGAGGCGAUACUUUCGACAUUGGAUCGUUUUUCUGGAUCAGUUGACAAAAAUUUUGAAGACCACAACUGCUGUCAAUAAACUGUACACGAUUGAUGGAAGGCAAAUUAGUCAUUUCGAAGACCUCGAGCCGGACGGAGAAUACGUAGCCGUAGAAAGAGGCCCAUUCAUCCCCUGCAACUACGGUACCCUAGCUGAGAAAUUGCGGAAUAGAAAUACGCGCUUCAUCGUGCCAGGAGCCUCUCGAAACGGGCAUAAUGGAGAGCAUUUUCUGAAUGGUGCCGAAGGGGUGGACAUCUACUUGAAGCAGCAUGGCUACGGCUCUUGCACCGGUCUUCCGUAUCCGUUCGACGGGUUCGAGAAGAGUCCGUCGUGCUCCUAUAUACACUCGAUGGCGAAUGGGGAGGACGAGCUGAUGGUUCCGGUGCCAAAUCAGCCCUCGUGGCGUCAGACCUCUUCUGAAGCUUCGAAGCAUGCCCAAAUUCAAGAGGAAUCGGAUUCGAACGCUGUCGUGAUAAAAAUUUCCGUUCCGCAACUACAGACGAAUGCUACUACUGCCCGAAAAGCUAGCCUCAGCCCGCUUCAGAUAGAAGAGGGUCAGAUCCGACCCGCGUCGCGAAGCGCUGGAACUCAAACUACAGAAAAAGAGACUCAGUCGCCAAUGGAACAAGAAUCUGAAAAUGUUUCGAAGCGAGAGAAGCCGGGAUUUGAAGCAGAUGCUCCAGCUGCUCGUACCCUAAAAAAAGACCUCUCAAUCGACCUGGACUACCAGAAGGAAGCAGAAAACCCGAAAAUCCCACAGAAAUUAGAGCCAGCCAAAGGAGCCACCUGGUUCACUGAAGACUUCGACGACCCGGAUGUCGACGUGCUUUGCUUGCCUCCGAUCGGAAUCAGGCCGGGGAAGCUGGCGGAACGGGGGGAGCUGCUGCUCUACGAGACCGAACGUAUCCGGCGCUCCCGCACCACCCAUAACCUUGGCUAUCCGUCCCUCCGCAAUUUGAAUGCGGCCUCUUUUGAUCCGGAUUUUGAUAAUAUU